CACCCAAGCCGCCCGAGCUGGGUUGAGGGGAGCCCGGGGUCCGACGGGGAGAAGUUGGCGGGUGGCCAAGCCCCGCAGCUGCCCCUGCCGUCAUGUAUCAUUGGAUCUGAGUUUGGAGCAAGACUGGGGAGAGGGAGAAAGAAGGCAAGGCCGUGUGGUCGAGGCGCCUCGGGGGCGCAAACCCUUGGCCCUUCCAGCUGCCAGCCCGAAGCGUGUGUGCCGGUGAGGUGCGCACCCCCGCUCCUGGCCCCUCUGGGGAAGUGGGGGCCGGGAGCUCGCUCCUGGCUGGGUUCUGGGCUGGCAGAGCCGGGUUUCCCACCAUGACUGCCCGUGCCCCUCCACCUGCCCUAACGCUGGUGUCCAUGGUCACGCUCAGGCAAAUCGCCAUUCUCUGUGCCCGCUUUCCUCUCCUGACUUCCAAAUACCGCCCCACGCGCUCUGCUCCAUCCCAUGCCCUGUGCGGGGGGCCAGGGCUCCAGGAGCCAUCCUCCACGUCCCCGGGUUCCCGGCGGUCAGCAGAACCGCGUUGCACAGCGGGCCGGCACGGGCCCAGCUUCCUCUUUGCGACUUUCUAAAAAUGCCCCAGUUCCCAGCAGGGCCUUGAGCGGGAGGAUGAGUUUCGGUUUCUGGGGCUGCAGCGGCGGCGGCGCCCCCGGCCCUCACCCUGUCAUCCUGUGAUUCAGCCCAGCCCCUUCUCUCCUCGCUGCCUGCUCCCCGGACGCCCACGGCUGCCAGACGGGCCGGGCUGGGGGUGGCCGGGCCAGGUGGUGGUUUCUUCCCGCCCUCCGCACAGCUGGUUGGGCUCCUUCCCACGGGAGGCCCCGGACUUCCUGGUCACACCCAGCGGUUGGUAGUGGGCCCCCUCUUUCCUCCCGCGAGGGCCCCUCCCAGCCUCCCUCCGGAGAGCUGCUGGUGUGGGAGCCGUUGGCGGCAGGUGGAGAGGGGGAAGGGGACUGGAGCCAGAUCCCUGGAUACAGGCCGAGAGCCAGGGAGGCUCCUGGUUGACCUGAGCCCGAGUGCUCCGAGCUGAGGCUGCAGCCCAGAGCAGCUGCACCGAGUGGGGAGACAACGCACUCUAACGGCCUCCAGCAGGGCCCAGGAGCAGCACGCCGAGCCCAGGGAGCAGCACGCCGAGCCCAGGGAGCAGCACGCCGAGCCCAGGAGCAGCACGCCGAGCCCAGAUUCUGCGGCCCCCUGCCCAGCAUGGCAUCUGCUGAUGAGAAUGGCGGGAGACUCUCCUCCGUGUCCAGCAGCCGCCUGCAAAGCCGGAAGCCGCCUAACCUGUCCAUCACCAUCCCACCACCCGAGACACAGCCCCCGGGGGAGCAGGACAGCAUGCUGCCGGAGAGGCCCAAGAACCCAGCCUACCUGAAGAGCAUCAGCCUCCAGGAGCCGCGGGGCCGAUGGCAGGAGGGCGCGGAGAAGCGGCCCGGCUUCCGCCGCCAGGCCUCCCUGUCCCAGAGCAUCCGCAAGGGCACAGCCCAGUGGUUCGGGGUAAGCGGCGACUGGGAGGGCAAGCGGCAGCACUGGCAGCACCGCAGCCUGCACCACUGCAGCGUGCGCUACGGCCGCCUCAAGGCCUCCUGCCAGAGGGAGCUGGAGCUGCCCAGCCAGGAGGUGCCGUCCUUCCAGGGCACCGAGUCCCCCAAACCCUGCAAGCUGCCCAAGAUCGUGGAUCCACUGGCCCGCGGCCGGGCCUUCCGCCACCCGGACGAGGUGGACCGGGCCCACGCGCCGCACCCGCCGCUCACGCCCGGGGUGCUGUCCCUCACCUCCUUCAGCAGUGUGCGCUCCGGCCUCUCCCACCUGCCCCGGCGCAAGAGGAUGUCUGUGGCCCACAUGAGCUUCCAGGCCGCUGCCGCCCUGCUCAAAGGGCGCUCGGUGCUGGAAGCCACGGGCCAGCGCUGCCGGGUGGUCAAGCGCAGCUUUGCUUACCCCAGCUCCCUGGAAGAGGACGCGGUCGAUGGGGCAGACACCUUCGACUCCUCGUUUUUUAGUAAGGAAGAGAUGAGCUCCAUGCCCGAUGAUGUGUUCGAGUCUCCCCCACUCUCUGCCAACUACUUCCGCGCCGGCCCUCGCUCGGCCUCCCCGGUGUCCCCGGAGAGGGUGCAGAUCCCUCUGAAGGAGUACGGCCGAGCCCAGGGCCCCGUGACCAAGCGGGGCCGGCGCAUCGCGUCCACGGUGAAGCACUUUGCCUUCGACCGGAAGAAGCGGCACUACGGGCUGGGCGUGGUGGGCAACUGGCUGAACCGCAGCUACCGGCGCAGCAUCAGCAGCACCGUGCAGCGGCAGCUGGAGAGCUUCGACAGCCACCGGCCCUACUUCACCUACUGGCUGACCUUCGUCCACAUCAUCAUCACGCUGCUGGUGAUCUGCACCUACGGCACCGCGCCCAUUGGCUUCGCGCAGCACGUCACCACCCAGCUGGUGCUGCGUAACAAAGGUGUGUACGAGAGUGUCAAGUACAUCCAGCAGGAGAACUUCUGGAUCGGCCCCAGCUCGAUCGACCUGAUCCACCUGGGGGCCAAGUUCUCGCCGUGCAUCCGGAAGGACCAGCAGAUCGAGCGGCUGGUGCGGCGGGAGCGAGACCUGGAGCGGGACUCGGGCUGCUGCGUCCAGAACGACCACUCGGGCUGCAUCCAGACCCUGCGCAAGGACUGCUCGGAGACUUUGGCCACUUUUAUCAAGUGGCAGGAAGACACAGGGCCCCCCCUGGACAAGUCUGACCUGGGCCAGAAGCGGACGUCAGGGGCUGUGUGCCACCAGGACCCCAGGACCUGCGAGGAACCGGCCUCCAGCGGUGCCCACAUCUGGCCUGACGAUAUCACCAAGUGGCCGAUCUGCACGGAGCAGGCCGAGAGCAACCACACCAGCUUCCCGCACAUGGACUGUGAGAUCAAGGGCCGCCCCUGCUGCAUCGGCACCAAGGGCAGAAGCAACGCUCUGCUCGCAGGUACACUGCCUGAACAAGGUGUGCGGGCUGCUGCCGUUCCUCAACCCCGAGGUCCCGGAUCAGUUCUACCGGCUCUGGCUGUCUCUGUUCCUGCACGCUGGCGUGGUGCACUGCCUCGUGUCUGUGGUCUUCCAAAUGACCAUCCUGCGGGACCUGGAGAAGCUGGCCGGCUGGCACCGCAUCUCCCUCAUCUUCAUCCUCAGUGGCAUCACGGGCAACCUCGCCAGCGCCAUCUUCCUCCCGUACCGGGCAGAGGUCGGCCCGGCCGGCUCGCAGUUCGGCCUGCUCGCCUGCCUCUUCGUGGAGCUGUUCCAGAGCUGGCAGCUGCUGGAGCGGCCCUGGAAGGCCUUCCUGAACCUGGCGGCCGUGGUGCUCUUCCUGUUCGUGUGCGGCCUGCUGCCCUGGAUCGACAACAUCGCGCACAUCUUCGGCUUCCUCAGCGGCCUGCUGCUGGCUUUCGCCUUCCUGCCCUACAUCACCUUCGGCACGAGCGACAAGUACCGCAAGCGCGCCCUCAUCCUGGUGUCGCUGCUGGUCUUCGCCGGCCUGUUCUCCUCGCUGGUCCUCUGGCUCUACAUCUACCCCAUCAACUGGCCCUGGAUCGAGUACCUCACCUGCUUCCCCUUCACCGGCCGCUUCUGCGAGAAGUACGAGCUGGACCAGGUGCUGCACUGACCGCCCCCCCCAGGGCCGGGCCAGCGUCGACAAGGGCGGGCUCCCUGGAACUCCUGGGCCACGCUGGGGACACUCAGGGCACCUGCUUCUCCCGGGCCUGGGUCCCAGGCUCUGACGUCGCCCCUCUCUGUGGGGCCCUCCUCUGGGGAGUGGGUUUUUUCCUCUUCCCGGCGUCCUCAGCGGCCGCCUCUGCCAGUGCCUUCUCCCGGCUGUCAGCGUGAGUGGCCGUCGCUAGGGACCCAGCCACCCCGCAGCUGCUCCCAGAACGGGGGUCCCCACCAUGGCGCCCAUUCCUCUUCUCCCUUCUCUGCCCUGGGAGCCCAGCCUGCCUUCCCCUGUGGCCUUGCGAGCUUGUCCAUGCAGGCUCCCAGGUGGUCAGAGGAAGAGCAGAGACCUCCAGGCUGGGGCACCAGGAGUCUCGGCUCGUUUUUGGCAAAUGGACAACGGGGGCCCCGCCUCACCCUCCUGGCCCCGUUCAGCAGAGUUCUGCCUCAGGGAUUGUCUCCAGUGUUGGGGCCUCCCCCACCCCCACCCCCACGCUCACGGCCUCCCUCCCGCCCAGGCGGGGGCCGCCUCAGGACCUGCUCCCGCUGGGGCGCCUGAGACCCGAUCAGGCCUGUUUAUUUUUACCAGUUUCUAUCAUGGUCUUAAUUUUUAAAAGUAAUGCUAACUUUGUAUGGAUGACGUCUCCGAUGUAUUAAAUGGUCUUUACAGAA